UUUGAUUCGAAAGCUCUCAUUACUAGGCGGAAGUGCAGCUAACUGUUGCAUCAGUUUUGGGUUGUAACGUAAAGUUACUGUUUCUUUUUAUCGGACAUAAAUAAUCAAGGACAAUAAUUAUGGAAUAGUGCAGUGACUAUUUAUCGGACAUGGAUAAUCGAGGACAAUAAUUGGGAGUAGUGCAGUCAGUGACUACGACCGUUAACGUGAGUUUCUUAGUAGGCUCGACGCCUUCAGGGAGUGAGUGCGGCGCACAGACAACACACCGAGAGAUUUAGAUUCUGACAACAUUUAUUUUGAAUUUCUUCAUGGAAACAACAGCAGAAUGAAGAACACUUUUAAAAGCAUGUUUUUAUUGCUGUUGUGCGGUGUGUUUGAUGCGGUGACGGGUGAACUGAAGACUCUCUCGGUGAUGGAGGGAGAUUCUGUCACUCUACACACUGAUCUUACUGAUAUACAGACCGAGGACAGGAUAGUCUGGACGUUUGCGGAUGAAGCCUCUACUGAUCUUCUAGUUGAAAUGUUGAGAGAUAACAUCUCAUAUGUUGAUGGGAGAUUCAGAGACAGAUUGCACAUAUCAGACCCUAAGGUUGGAGAUCUCACCAUCAAGAACAUGAGAAUCAAACACUCUGGAAUCUAUGAAGCAGAGAUCAUCACUGCCAAAGGAACGACAUACAAGACAUUCAGAGUCCUUGUCAGUGAAUCUCCUCGUGUUCUGGAUGCUGGCACAUGUGAGAUGAAGUCGGUGUUGAAAGAGGGCGAUUCAGUCACUCUACACACUGAUGUUCAAACGCACGGAGAUGAUCUGAUCGUGUGGAGGUUUGGAGAUGAUGGUGUUCUUCUAGCUAAAUGUGAUAAAGAGGACAAUAAGAGCUUUGUAAAUGAGGAUGAGAGAGUGAGCGGCAGACUUAAAUUGGAUGAUCAGACUGGAUCUCUCACCAUCUGUAACUUCAGAUUAUCAGACUUUGGACUCUAUAAACUGAAGAUCAGCAGUAACAACAGACAGACAUUACACAAGACAUUCAGUGUGUACGUCAGUGGUUCAUCUUCAGAGGAUUCAGAUGCUAUGGCUGUAAUAAUUAUUUCUCUUCUUUUUGUUGCUGCUGCUGCUUUAAUAUUUUACUGUUCCCGAAGGUCCUCUAAAGAAAUAGCAAGGGACAUUUUUCCACAUUUGAGAGAUCCUGUUACUUUAUGCACUGGUGUUACUGACAUAAAGACCGAUGAUGAGAUACUGUGGACAUUUGGACCUGAAGACACUCGUAUCGUUCGAAUCACCGGAGGGAUCAAUGAGCCUUCAUAUUAUUACUACACUGAUGGGAGAUUCAGAGACAGACUGAAGAUGGACAGUAAGACUGGAGAUCUCACCAUCACAAACACCACAACUCAACACAAUGGAGUUUAUCAAGUCCAGAUUUACAGCGGCGGAAAGAUCACAUACAAGGGAUAUAAGGUUACAACCUCUGGUGAGUAAUUGAGUAUUCAUUUUAAUCAUUCAAGGACUGAUUUUAAAUCUCAGUGUUUAUGAAGAAGUGUUGAAGAAGUUAUUCACAAUUAUCUUUGUUUCACAUACACUCAUGCUCUGUUAUAUUUUUCCCACAUCAUACACACACAAUCAUCAGGAUGAAUUUCGACGAAAUAAAAAUGUGAUCUUUGCAGUUGUUUAAAAACACUGUGACGGUUUCACAGACAAGGCUUAAAGGGAUACUUCACCCAUAAAUGAAAAUUCUGUCAACAUUUACUCAAAUCUGUAUAAAUGUAUUUGUUCUGAUGAACACGGAGCAAGAAGAAUGGAAGAAUGCUUGUAACCAGACAGAUUUUGCCCCCCAUUGACUCCCAUAGUAGGAAAAAUUACUUAGUUUUUUUUUGUUCUCUUAAACACGAAAGAAGAUAUUUUGAAGAAUGUAGAACAGCAAACAGUUCUGGGGACUUUUGACUUCCUUUUUUUUCCUACUAUGGGAGUCAAUGGUGGCAAAAUCUGUUUUGAUCAUUCUUCAGUCAUUUGUUUUACGUAGACACCUUAUUAGAAACACAGAACAUUGUGCCUUUCAUCAGUCAUCUAUAUGUUCUAUUCUCUGCACUUUACCUUUAAACCUUUCAACCGUUUCCUUUAGCAUUUUACUACCAUUUAGUAGUUGUUAUUUUUCUUGUGUGUCUUUUGUAUAUUUAUUACAUCUGUGUCUUCCUUGUGUUGAUUAUAGUGUCGUGUGUAUGGCUCACUACAUUAUUUGGUGCCUGAUGUUUGAGCUUUAGCUUUGUACUUUAGUUUAAGAUGUGAUGCACUAAUAUUUGUAUCGUGUUCUGCUUUGGAUGGAUCUCUUCUGAUUGUAUUAAUUUCAUUUCAAGUGUUAUCUGAAUGAAUACAUGUAAACAAAAGUGUUAGGAAUCCUUGGUCUAAAUUGCUCCCUAUUUUGUUUUCUGAAUGUGUUUUAAUAGUAAGGGCAUGCUAGUUUUGAGUUCACCUUUUAUACAAUGUACGUCAUUGUCAUUAUUAAUAAAUUAAGAAAAUGGGAAAUGAAAUGUGUGGUUCUUUGUGUUUGGCU